AUGGUUGAACAAACAAACGAACCGGAUGAGGAAAAUGAGAUCGAUUUGGACGGUUCCGCCAGGCCGGAACAAUCCAAGGCGAGUCCAACGUGGACAGGGUUAUUUACUCUGCCAGCUCUGUGCUUUCCGAGUUUGAUCACAAUGUGCACAGUUGAACCAGGCGGGUUCGCAGACAGACUGUGGCACAGGGCAUGUCAAACCGGUUCCGCUCCAAUCCGACCGAUUUAUCGAUUUCCGCGUGGGAUGCCAGCUGGCUUGUUUGAACGUGCCACGGUCAGACUGAACUGGCCGGAAGAAUCGAAGUUUCACUACAUGGAACACUGGAAAACCGGAGUGCAAAUGCGUCACACCACAAAACAGCUUCUCGUUCGAUUCACCGUACACCAGCCAGACGAUGCGGAUCCGUUUCUGCGUUUCGAAUUUCGCGGUCUGAUCAGGGAAAGGGAGGAGCCAUCGAUUGAAAAUGAGGUGAACCCGGAUCCGGCCGAGAUUCCAAACACAUCGGGGUCACUGGAGCAAACGGAACUACGAAAGAGUCACAAAAAAGUAAAACCGAAGUGGCACGGUUGGCCUGUCCCGGAAGAAGUACUCUGGGACUGGAUCUUACCUUUGUUGAAAGCGCUGGACGUUCUGUUGUUGGCCUAUGAAGCUAAGCGUUGUAAAGAAGCAGAUGAAUGUGGAGCAAUCAAUUCACCGGAAGUUAUCUCAAUUGGAGAAGCACUGGAUUAA